CACACCGCCCCCGGUUCACUCCAGCUUCAUCCCGCUGAGCCACAUCAACUACCGAGACACACUGACUGCUGAAACACACACACACCGCAGCCCCUCUGUCAUGGCCUCCUUCUAGCAUCUCAGUAAUCGUCAAAGGAAAGCGGUGAAAGCAGCAGACUGUCCAUCAGCACUCCGAACAGCACUGAGAUUAACAUCUGAGAAGGAGGGAAACCACCGAUCCUGUAAGACAGACAGACAGACAGACAGACCCAAGAACCCGAGUGCGAUCGGAGAUUUGUUUGGGAAAAGCCCAGCAGGUUUGUGAGCAGGAAUAAUGAGGACCGGCUGGAUGCUGCUCGCUCUGACUGCACUUUGCCUCCUGGGGAAAGAGGUCCUGGUGACGGGUCAGCUUGCCUCAGCUGAUGAUCUCUACCUGGAGGAACAGCAGUCUGGUGAUUACUCUAUCGAUGAUGAAGAAUUCAACUCUGGCUCAGGAUCAGGUUUUGUUGAAAGUGAUGAUGAGGAUGUGCGGAUAACGAUUAACGUGUAUAACAUAAAGCCUACCCAGCAUUUCACCGAGACAAGCACCCCAGGCCUGGAGAUCACCUCACUUACUGUGCCAGACACACGGCUAGCCUCCACAGAUUCAGGAGAGCAGGUCACAAAGAUGGAGAAGCCCCAGGACAGUGACGUAGCCACCAGCGCUAGCAGUUCUCCAGACCUGGGAGAAUCUGACAAGCAAAGUGAGGUGCAAUCCGAAAACCUCUUCCAGAGGACUGAAGUGCUGGCAGCCGUUAUAGCUGGUGGUGUGAUUGGCUUCCUGUUUGCGAUCUUCCUUAUUCUCCUAUUGGUGUACCGCAUGAGGAAGAAGGAUGAGGGCAGUUAUGACCUGGGAGAACGCAAACUCCCGAGUACAGCUUAUCAGAAAGCCCCAACCAAGGAGUUCUAUGCCUAAAUGAACAAUUACAUGCAACAUUAACUUCCAUAUGACAAACAUUUCCUCAGUCAUCAAAAACAAAAGUUGGAAUUAUAAAAGACUGAGGAGGUUUUUAUUGGGAACUUAUUUAAUAACAAAGAUACAGUAUUUUUGCUUCAUAAAGCCAAUCAGAUAUUAUGUUUUUAUUAUGGAUCAUGACUUAUUUCUCAUGUGGUUUUUAAAAAUUGUUGGAGAAAAUAAUGUAAUAUAAAACAAUAAAUGUCAUGAUUUGUUUCAUCCGUAGAUUACUUUGUGACUAUAAAGGUACAUAUUUGUAUUUUUUAAAUAUACAAAAGGUCUGAAAUCUGGAUUGUAAAUGUAAUUUAUCCUUUAUGCUAUAAUAAUUACCCUGAUCAUAUUUCAGCAUCUCCAUAUCGAUGUCAAUAUUGAUCUCAUUUUUAAUUUAGGUAGUAUAGAAAAAGUUGUUUUUUUUAAAUAAACCAUUCUCUCUUUUAAACCGUUCUCUCUGUUGGGGCUUGUAAAUGUUUAGUGCUGUCAACACAAAUCUGUAUAUUUUGUUAAUUCAGUAUCAAAAUUUGGGGAAACAAUUUUCAGAAUGUCUUAUUUGUUCUGAAUUAUUUUUUAAAUCAAACCAAGAACAAAUCCUGAAUCAAUCAAAAUUAAUAUCUAUCUCUCUCUCUCUCUCUCUCUCUCUCUCUCUCUCUCUCUCUCUCUCUCUCAUAUUGCCAGGUAAAGUAAACUCACUGUAAAUUACUGUGUCAUUAUUUGUCAUUUAUUCCUUCUGGCCUUCUGGUUCUCAAGCCCAAGUUAAAAUGCUUUUAAAAAAUCCUAAUCCAUGACAGUUAAAGAGCAAUUGAAUUUUCCUUUUUAAACAGUCUUUUUUUUCUCCAAAUUUAGUACUGCAAAUUUAGAAUGUGACUAUAAUAGCAUUCCCGUCCUUAGCUCAAAUAAGGGGAGUUAUGUGCACUAAACAACUUCCGGUAUUAAAAUUAUUGCACCAGGGACAUUUGAUACUGUCCACAUAGUCAUGAAACACUAGUCUUGGCCAGUAAACUGAGCCAAAACCAGCAGCACACGAGUGCAUAAAUGUUCACUAAUGAGCUCUAAUCCUUCCAUUUCCAUGGUAUUUCACUUCUCAGAAUCAGUCUGAAGAGCUAGCCACACACAUUACUCUCCAGUCUGAUGUUUGUAUUGGUGUAAGAGUAGGUUGUUUACAUGCUUUAGUCCAAUUUCGUAACAAAUACUAAUGGUGAAAUUGCAGCUUCUGAAAACCAGUAAAUCUUAAUGCAGAAAACUCAGUGGGGACUCAGAUUGUUCAGUGAUAAACAUUCCAUUAUGCUAGAAUGAUUAAUCAGAUCGAAUCCAUGUGUUAUCCAAAAUGAUUGAGUAACAACCAAAAAAAAAAAAAGACGCUGAGUGCUUCAUGACACGGACAGUCCAAGCAUAAGUGCACUUCAUUUACACAUUUUGAGUUUUUACACAUACUGUCUUUACUGAUAAUGUUUCGCACAUUUUAAAAUGCUGAAUUCUUGAUUCCUGUUAAAUAUUAAUAAUUGUCAUCAUUGUCCAAAGCCUGUCCUGAUUAUUGUCAUGAUGAGUCUGAUUACAUAUUUACAUUCUUUUUCCUUUUCCUAUUUCAUUUUUGUUUAAUUUCCUUUAAGGAUAUGGUUGUUUAAGUCAAUGAUUUAUUUGUAUAUGUUAAUAUACAAUAAUUUAUAGAAUAUGACUAUUUAUAUACAACAUAUUAAAUGUAAUAUGUUAAAUACAAAACAAUCUAGCAAAAUGUAUGUUCACGUUUAAAUGCCCUUGAAGUGCCUACAGUUUUGAAAGAUCGACAAUUUAGGGCAUUUGAAGACAUUUGUACAACAAAAUGAAGGAUGGCGUUUCAUAAGCAUGGCUGAUAAAGGAAUGGUUAUGGAGUUAUAAAAACAGUGUUGUAAUAAACACUACUGAAUAAA